UUACCUGUCUUCAAUCCGGCUCAAUAAUUAGCACCAUGCGACUACUAGUGGCGGCCAUCUUGUUCGUGUCGGCCAUCUUGUGGAGCGACGGCCUCGAGCUGAGCCCGCGCCCUCGGCGCCCGGAGCGCUUCGACACGGCUGAACAGAUCUCCAACUAUCUGAAGGAGCUGCAGGAAUACUACUCUGUGCACGGCCGGGGCCGUUACGGCAAAAGACAGAUGCACAUAUCGGACGCGUCGGUAAUAUUCAAGGAAUUCCCAUUUUUCGACCACAGCCUCCAGAAUUUGAACGAAGAUACAGUAUUUAAGGCGCUCGCAUACCAGUAAAAUUAUGACUGCAU